UAAAUUAGUUUUACUUUAGUUGUAACUACUCGAACAAAAAAAAGGACAUUUUAGGCGUUGUAAAAUUUUAAGUGCAUAUUAAAUUAGUUUAAAGUUUUUUUUUACAAGGUUUGUUGGAUCGUGAAAUGGGAAGGUUCUUCAAGGCUCUGCUUUGAAUGAACUGAUAAGUAGUUACAGAAGGCCCACUGAAACUCCGCCAUUGGUUGAAACUAAAGCGAAAUCUUGCUCUGAAAUGGUCUUGUUUAGGAUGUUGGUUCAUAUUGUGAUUUUGGGGACUUCUCUCCCAUGUAUAUCUUCGGAAGUUUGGCGUACUGGAUACAAAGGACUUGGCACCACCCACGAACAAAUGGGGGUGGUGCAUUGGCCCCUGGCGGAGUUUACCCAGUAUUUGUCGGUGGUUAACUACUCGGCGGCACCGGAAGUCCAAACUGGCGGCAUGGAACCCGCUUAUAGAAUCGGGGAGAGCAUUCUAAGUGGCAUUUUCACCGAUGAUCCACCAAUCCCACCGGGCUACGUGAAGUUGAGGAACGAUGACACCUAUGUUUUGGGACCGAAAGCGGAGCAGGAAGAGUGGGACGAUUUGUUGAGGAGCUACAUGUUGUUCAUUUUUUUGGUGAUCUGUAUCAUGAUCAUCAUUAUCAUUAUACCGUGUUUGGGUAUCUGUUAUUGCUGUUUCUGUUGCUGUCGGCGCUGCAAACAAGGAUGUCCGCCCUGUGAACAACACCGAGAUGCGAGACGACGUCUGAUUUGUGGGGCCUGCCUGUUCCUACUUAUCCUGCCCAUCAUUCUUGGCCUUGUAAUUGCAUUCCUAUCGAAUCGAACACUGGACUUGGGUUUGGAGGACACCUCGAAGACCAUUAAGAUGGGCAGCGAGGACACCUGUACCUUUCUGAGGGACGUAUCAGACCACAUCCAUCAUUUGUUUGUAUACAAUUUCGAGGAAAUGCAAAGACACCUCACUGAUCUUCUAGGAACGGCCCAUGUACAUGUUUUCAUGGACUUGAGCGACACAUCUGAUGCGAAUUCCAUGGAGGAACUGGCACGAGUUCUAACUAAUACACCAAGAGCAUUAAAUCUUAUGAAGCAGGUUAACUUUUUGGAGAAAGAGAUCCGUUUCCUCACCGCCCAAUUGAGAGAUGGUUUGCGAGGAGUAAAGCGUGAGACAAACUUUGCGGUGGCAGUUCUUUGUCGAGUGGACGAGUGCAGACGUUUUUUGGUCCAAAACGACAUCCAGUUCUUAGACACAUCCACCUGUCUGAAUAUGGAGGGGCUGCCAGACAGCAAAGUUUAUGUUGACGCCUUGGAUAAGAUCGUUUCAGCCGGGUUACAAGAUCUUCCUCAGAGGGGUUUGGCUCGACUGAGGGAAGUCCAGGCGAAGAUCAAGUCGGAAUUGGAUCGCGUUUCGCCGCCCAUUUUAAGGGAUAUUUCCCUGGCCAAGGAAACAUUCAGGUCGCAGGCGAAGUUCAUAACCAAUGCCAUUGAUGCCGUCAUCAGCCAAGUUCACUUGGCCACUUUAAAUUCCUCCAAGUCCUUUGACGAUGUCUACGAAAGGUUCAACGAAAGCCGUUCCACACUCAACUUGGUCGUCUGCAUACUGAUUAUAAUUGUACUGGUGCUUUUGUUAUUUGCUCUGCUUUUCGGUUGCCUGGGCAGUACCUCUACAGGUCCAGGGAAUGGUGUUUGCAGCAAAGUAACUGGUUCUUGGUUUCUGCUAAUUGCAAUUAUCCUGUUGUUCUGCAUCCUCUCCUUUGUUUUCCUGGUGGGACUGUUCUACUUUGUUCUCGGGGUGGUGAUCUACGAGGGAGCCUGUGCACCCCUGAGAGAUAUGUCGAACAACACGCUAUUCCGAACCCUGGAACCCUCGGUAAACCUCAUGCAGGCAAUGCCCCGUGGAGAUGCAUCGACAAUGGCUCCCCUCAAAGUAUCCUCUGCCAUCGCAGCCUGUCGCUCGGACGAGGCCAUAUUUAGUUACUUACGGGUAAAUGGAAUAUACGAUGUGGACGAUCUGAUACGAGUACAGGUGAUCACCAACGAACGGCCGCAAAAGCACGUUUUCCAAGGUGAUCUGUCCAAAGUGGUGUUGCUGGAUACGGAGGAGAAGGGCAAACUCAAUGAUAUGCGAAACGAGAAGUUGUCGGACUAUCACAGCACUCUCUACACAAAGAUCCUGUGCAACCAGUUCGCCCCAAUCAGCCUGGACACGUUGGCCGAUAGGUAUAAGAACCUGGCUGAAACCCUAUCCUCUAAGAGCUUCAAGGAGGCGGUCAUUAAUUUCCAAAACCAGCACCUGCACCUCAAGGCCUACGUCGAACACUUUGAGAGCAAACUUCAGUCGCACUAUAAGAAGAUAACCCGCCUGCUGAAUACCAUCGACAAGCUGAUCCUGUACGAGAACUACAACUUCGCCACCAGCAUCCACAUACUGCUCCAGGCAGUGGCCAGGUCGGAGGACUUCAUCCAGCACCGUGGCGUGCAGUUCAUCAACACUCUGGGCCAGAACCUCAGCCUGGUGGUGGACGAGCAGGCGGAGGAGUACAUCGGCUACCUGAUGGCCCAGUGCAACCAGAACGUGGGCCACUGCCGACCCCUCAGCUACAUCUACGAUCGCAGCGUCCAGCUGGUGUGCCGACGACUGGUCGAUCCGAUAAACGGCUACUGGGUGGGAAUCCUACUUUGCGGCCUUUUCCUGAUUCCCGUGCUGAUCCUGGCCCACUUUCUCAUGUGCCUGUACACGAAAAUCAUGAUAGUUCCGAUUGUGGCAAUCGGUGGCUUUGCAGCUGCAGCUGGAGCUCGAAAUUGCCCUAUUUGUACUGGGGAGCCGUACGUACCCCCUCCGAUCAUAUCCUGCGGUGGUGGUCAGCAGGCAUAUUGUGGAUGCAGAAUGUCGGGUGCCGGAACCAAGGUAUUCGAGAUGGAGAUCCAAGAGACGGGCACCGAAAGAUCCUCGGAUAGCUUACUGAUGAUAACUUCCGACGACGAAAUGAAAAAGGACAACUAGCAAAUCUGCAAGGAUUUUUACCAUUUUUAUCGAGUUUUUCCAAAUUUCUUCGUACCUGGUUUUACAACAUUUUGCAUGUGAGAGUAGAAAAUAAUUUAUUUUUAGUGGUAAAUAAAAACCACUUCUAAAUGUA